GCCUCAGGGCCCUUGUUCUAUCGUUCAGGCGUUGAUAUUUGCGUUAUUUAAUUCUUUAAAUAAGCACCGAUUCCCAGCGGGCGCGCCCACACUUAUAGCCUUCCUACAUCUGCUCCUGGUGCCUUGUGUGCCGCGAAACCCCAGCGAUGAGUACCGAUGGACCACCGAUCAUCGACCUGUCAAACUUUGAGGAGCGCAAAGAAGAAAUCAAAGAUGAGCUGAUGAAGGCAGCAACCACCAUAGGCUUCUUCUACAUCACCAACCACGGCAUCCCUCAGGAGCUCAUCGACCGCGCAUUUGCCAUCAAUGACCGCUACUUCAAUCAGCCAGCAGAGGUGAAGGCCAAGUACCCCUCCACUGACUGGGCAGCUGUCAAGCUGCUGGGCUAUGAAGUCAACAGCAUGAGUGAAGGAGGACUCGUGCGGGAGAGCUGCAUCCAGAAAUUCCCUGUGCACAAGGAAAUGGAGAAGGUCUGGCCCCGUGAGGAGGACUGCCCCAACUUCAAGGACACGACAAUUGAGUUCAUGGAAGCUCUGCCUCCAGUCGUGGACCGCCUCAUGUCUCUGUUUGCGCUGGGCAUCGGCUUCCGCGAAGACUACUUCAAGGAUAUCACUGAUGUCAACAAUGUGGAGAACAACACUUUCCUGCAGUACCACAAGUACCCCUCCUGGGAGGGGGUUGACCCUUCCACAUGGGAGCAGGGUGUAAAUCGCAUCACAGCCCACACCGACGAAUCUCUCAUGACUCUCCUCUUCACAAGCCCUGGGUCUGUUGGACUGGAGCUGGCUGCUGGCAAGGACGGGCAGGCAGUCGGCAGUGAGAAUGGCCACUACACGGUGGACAAGUGGACGGACUGCCCUCCGAAGCCAGGAUGCAUCACUGUGAAUGUGGGGGACCCGCUGCAGUUCUGGAGUGACGGCCUGCUCAAAUCCAACUACCACCGCGUUCGCAUGCCCAAGCCUGGCGAGUCGCUGGCUGCCCGCUACUCCAUGGGCUGGUUUGUGUGGCCCAAGGAUAAUGUCCUCAUCCAGGGUCCUCAGAAAAAGUACCCUCCCACGACCAUGACUGAGUUCAUGAAGGUGAAGGGCGCGUUGUAUGGAGCCAGCUUCAACCCUGAUCCCGAGGUGUACAAGGCAAAUCAGCACAUCGCCUUUGGGCUACCACAGGUUGCCGCAACAGCAAUUCCAGCUGCCUCUUGAAUAGAAUUUUAGGGAUAUUGAUGACUCAGCCGAGGCUGUGAUAGCUAUUUUUCGGGGGUUGUGACAGCUGUUCCCGCCAAUAUCUUUGAUAUGGAUUGAGGAAGGGUAAGCGCUAUGGUGAGACAGGAACAGGGUUCAGAGUCAGCUUUUUCCAUCUUCAAGUACGGUCCUUGUGAAGGAUGCCUUGUGCAGGCUCGCUGAAUAGGAUAAGGCCAAGGCCGAAGUCAAAGUCAUCUACUUCUUUCACCGUCCUUUCCUUUCAUGUACAUGUGUUCUUGGCAAACACCUGUUUCUAGUUCUACUCUGUGUUGCGGAAGUGUAUCAUUCUCAUGCUUGAGAAAUGAGCGGCACGUUCGAUAAAGAAGUGAUAUGUUCAACAUGCACCUCCUGUGUAACAAUUUAUAAGUAGUAGCG